GAUCGGACAUUUGUGCUCUGCGUUUGCGCAAUUGUACAUCGCCGAAUUGAUGCAUUAUUAGCUGUUUAAUAAGUAAAAAUAAGUAAAAAUUUACAAUUUAAGCAAGCAUUGGCAUAGUGAUAGCAGGAAUAGUAUGUUAGUAAUAGGUUCAGGUUAUAAGGUAUUGGAUGGGGGCAGCACCGUGGAAUCAGCUGUCAUGGCUGACGAGAUCGGAGUUGAAGCGGACGAAGCUCAUACACUACCACAGACAUCACAGCACCGCCUUUCAAGACCACUUCAGACAACCCUUGGGGAUGCCGGUCUCUACUCAUACUGUGCCAUUUGUGCCCUCUCACUCCAUGACCUCUUUCCAGAUGAGUGGGAUAGGGAAUUUUGUGAGAAAUGCAUUUCACAGCUCAUCUGUCACCUAGGGCUUCCUCCUCAGGUGAAGCAUGUUAUGGAAGCACUAAUGAAAGGGGAAGGUGGAGAAUUGGAGCCAUUUAUUCAUGUACUGAAAGAAGAGCCUGGUCUCAAUGGCAACUGCUUACGGGUCGUGGAGGAUUUGAUCCUGUUUGCAGUGCAGGGAGGAGUAUACGAUGCUCGAAUGCGCGUGUUCAUCUUCUACGUUGCCUGGAGGCUAAGAGUAUCCAGGUCACUGGUGGAGAUGUAUGAGGAGUCUGUGGUCGAGAUGCUGUCCCAGGAAGUACAUGAGCAGAGCGAGGAGGAACGAAAAGAAAUUGCCAAACGAAAACGAAACAAGAAGAUAAAGAGGUUCCUCAUGAUUGGUCUUGCCACCGUGGGAGGAGGAGCAGUUAUAGGGUUGACAGGAGGUCUGGCAGCACCUUUUGUGGCUGCUGGGGCAGGGGCUAUCAUUGGAGGCGCUGGGGCUGCAGCGUUGGGUUCGGCGACUGGCAUUGCAGUCAUAGGAUCUCUUAUAGGAAUUGCUGGAGCUGGACUCACAGGUUACAAAAUGAAAAAACGUGUGGGUGACAUCGAAGAGUUUGCAUUUGACACUCUCACAGAAGGAAAGGAGCUUCACAUAGCCUUAGCCAUAUCAGGAUGGCUUUCCGAAGAAGACCCAAAUGCGCUAAAGAAGCCAUGGCGAACAUUAUUACACUCUCGCGAGCAGUACUGUUUGCGCUACGAGUCAGCCUAUCUUCUCGAACUGGGUCACGCUAUCGACUACCUGUUCAGCUUUGCUGUGUCUAUGGCUGCUCAAGAGGCACUAAAAUAUACAAUUUUAUCUGGUUUGAUAACGGCCAUCACGUGGCCUGCUACUCUAGUCAUGGUUGCCGGAGUCAUAGACAACCCAUGGGGAGUGUGCAACCGCAGGUCAGCUGAAGUGGGGAGGCACUUGGCAGACAUCCUCAUUGCAAGGCAUCAGGGGAAGAGACCGGUCACCCUAAUUGGGUUCAGCCUAGGGGCACGAGUCAUUUUCUACUGUCUGAAGGAGAUGGCAAAAAGGAAAGGAUGUGAAGGAAUCAUAGAAGAUGCCAUUCUACUGGGAGCCCCUGUGCCAGCCCAUAGAGAAGAAUGGGCACCGAUGGCACGAGUCGUUAGUGGACGACUUGUUAAUGGUUACUGCAGAGGAGACUGGCUGCUGAAGUUCCUACACAGAACCUCUUCUGCCACGUUGAAGAUAGCAGGACUACAGGCAAUUCGGUGGAACAACCGAAGGAUGUUCAACGUGGACUUAAGUGAUGUUGUAUCUGGUCAUACAGACUAUUCCAAAAAGAUGGAUAUCAUCCUGAAAGCAGUGGGCAUCCAGACUUGUGAUGAUGUAUCAGACUUAGAUCCGAGCAUGCGCAAGUCGAGAUCGUAUGCCCCUGAGAGAGUGGAGGUGCUCAAUGGAAAUGAGCUACAUCGGUCUAAGUCUGACACAUAUCUCCUUGGCAAAUGGCAACAACGGAGGGUGUCAGUUGCGAACUUGUCACCCGGGGAUCGUCUGCUCGGUUGCUCGCUGGAGAGCGUGCUCAGCCAUACAAGCUCUGCGUUCAGUAGCCCAGCAGCAACACCCUGGUCACCGAGGGCUUUUCUCAACUCUACUCAACUUCUGCUGAAACCACGCUUGAGUCAGCGCGAUGAUGACACCACCAGCGGAGUUGCUUCAACCGCCGACAGCUGGGAUUGGUCGGUCUGUGAUGAAGAGGAGCAUACCACAAAGCCUCACGUCACAUUGCAAGGACCAAAGUAACUUUUAUUGGUCUCCUUCGUUUACUGAUAGACAGGACAAGUCAAAUGCUGCAAAUGACCUGAAUGACUUACAAUGUCUGUGAAUGAAUUUCUACUGUCCAGGGGAAGAAAUUGUGGUUAAAGGAUCACAACAUAUACAUAAAUGAGGCAUACUGUUCUACCAGUUUUGAUCAAUUAUGUGAGUAAGUGUUUACAGGGUAGCUGAUGAUAAUGGUGGUGGUGCUGAUCUUGUCGGUGGACAUAGGUGCUGUGACAGUUGAAUAUUAUAGGGAUUGAUCUUGAUAUGGUGAACGAAUGUUGGCGAAUUGAUUGGCAGCUGUAUGGCCUCUUCCAUAUCACUUUUUAGCUGAGAAGCUGUCACUUCUUUGUAUUACGAGUUAGAAUGUAUUGUCAAAGCAGGUUUUCAUUUCCACCGAUUAUUUGGUUGUCCUGCCGUAUUUUUUAUACAGACCUAGAUAUUUAUAUUGACUAUGGAAGAAUAGCUUGUGUAUAUAUUGUUUACUGUGCAGUUCUUUUUCUCUUUUUGCAAUGUUGAAUUGACUACAAUGUUAUUAGAGCUGGAUGUUUUGAGACAAAACCUGUCAUCAGCCAAAUUUGCCCCCUACCAGAGACAAUCAAGUUUAACUCUGAAUCCUACCAGGUAGUUAAUUUUUCUACCACGCUGUUAUUUAGUUUGGGUUCAUGGUAAAAGGUCUAACUGCUGAAGAUGCAUAACCCAGCUACAGCUACACCAUAGCAAAUGUGCUUCAUGGAUUGCUGUAAGCAUAAUACAGUUGUUUUUCUUUUUUCUGCCACAAAUUUCGCUAAUUUGCAGAGAAGACAUACUUUUUCUUCACACAGAAAAUAUCGAUCUCGAAUAAGGUUGUUUCGCACGAUUCCAGCAGGUUUUCUUGUCUACUAAGAUAGCACUCUAAGAUAGACCCCAAAACUCCCAGCUCUAAACAUAAACAACUUUUACAUCUUUAUAUAUAAUGGUUGCAAAAGUGUACAGAGAACAGUUCCAUCCAUGAAUGUCCUGAAGCAUAUGUAGGGCCUUGUGCUCUAGGGUUAAAUCUGGUAAAACCCUUUUCUAUCUCUGAUUUGCACCAUCGUCACUUGUGGUAAAGCCUGAAAAACCACGAAUACGAACGUCCCAAGGUGCAAAUUCAGCAGGCACCGGAAAACGUCAGAAGCGCUUUCACCCGAACAUAUGCUUUUCCACCUCGUAUUGCCCGAGUUUACCCGGUCUUACAGUUCUUGAAAUAAAACCAGAUUUUUGUCCCCGAUUUCAAAAAAAAAAAGCAUAAAACCCGAAAUCACAAGGGCCCAAGCAUAUGUGCCACGUCAUUUUGUAUAUCUUGUACAGUAUAUAAUGUACCACAGUUGAAUUGUGUGUUCUGUUCCUAUUAUGCACCGUUCCACAUGUUGCAUAUAUAAGCAUUGCCAGAUUACCGUGUUGGAAAUGGGAAUUGUCCUCGUAACUACACUAUACCUCUGUAUCUGUUAAAGCACACAAGGAAGGCAUCAACUCCAAAAGCCAUUAUUGAUGCAGGGUCCAUUAUUUAAUACAAGUUUCGAAAUAGUCUUCUAAACUUAUUUUGCGAUCUAAUGGAAAGGUGGUGGUAACUAACCUAGCCCAUUUGAUGUACAAUAAUGACAAAGUUCUGCUACAAUCACGCUUAUCAGUGUUGUAUAUCCUGGCCUUCCAGUCUUACGAAGACCUUUCUUGCGACAAGGGUCAUGACCCCUGGCGUUAGACUCCUAGAAUAUGUGGUUGCCUGCUUAACCUCGCUGAGCGUGUCUUAGAAAAACCAUUGUACAUUGCCCCAAUAUAGACACCCAUAUUUUUUUAGGGUUGCCCCGUACCAAUCAUAUCAUAUAUGCCUAGCAAGAGUUUGGUGUAUAGGUCGUAGUGAAUUCAUACGGGCUCAACCGUACCCGGUGUCAGGUGCUAUUGGGUAUCAGCACCAGGUGAUUUUUAAUGUGUUCCAAAAGCACUGGAUGUGCGAAAAGAGUUCUUCUCAACGGAGACACGGUGUCCACAAGGCAUACCCUCUGUAAAUGUCUCCACUCCAGUCAUUUACAUAUCCAUGUGUCACUUUUUGAAUCGGACAUGAGAACUACGGACACCUUGGUGUUACAACCGGGAUCAGCGGUUUUUGCAUCUUGUCGUGGCAAGAACGACAUGUAUAGUUCUAUGUAAGUCUGUAGAAAUUGUGUUUCUGUUACGAUAGAGCUUCCAGAUGGUUUUGCUGUAUGUUGCCAUGACAAUCGAAUCUGAGGAGUUAUGCUGGUCAGAACGCAGCACGUACUUCCUAACGCUAAAUGGCUCUGACGAACAUACCUCUCCCUGAGUCUGUGGUUGUUUUUGUGAAUGUGCUCAUGUUAUAAAGACCAAGUGAUAUCAAAGUAAUCUGUCAGAGAACACAUAGCAAUGUUUGUAGUUUAUUACUUACAGGAAGAGCCCAAAAGAGUCUCUCCAUUUAUUUGUAUGGCCCAUGCUUCCAAUGUGAGCAGCUGUUAUGUAAAGAUGGAUUUCUUUUUAAAAAGUGGGAUACUUUUCAGCAGCACAGGGCAAACUGUUGUAUAAUGUUCAGCAUAUCAGCAUUUACUGUUAAACGAACGUCCGUUUCACGAAGCAGUUCAGAUACGUGCAUCAGUUGGAAGUAUGCUACUGUUGUCCCCAUGUCAGAGUCGGAACAGAAAGCACAAGAUCUAUACAGAAAAACCUGCCAGGCCAAAUUCUGCAGUGACAUUCAUUAAGCAGCUUCCAGCAACUUUUAUUGCUGUUGGUUGCCAUGCUAUCCGCUCGGUGACGCAACUCAAAAACUCUGAAGUGUGCUGUGCAAGCCUAGAAUGAUUCCUCUACCUCAGUGUGAGGCAUGAUAACCUGGCAUUUAUGACACAUGAGACAGCUUCCUUGUAGGCAGUUGCAAUGGUGUAAACUGCAGGAGAGUAGUAGUAGUAGGUUCAAAAGGGUUCAAGGGCGAUUCCUUUGUCAGAGCGCGUAGUGGUGGAGGUGUUUUUUUUUGGGGGGGGGGGAUCCCCCCCCCCCAAAAAAAAGUGAAAACUAUGGAAAAGGAGUGAAAACUAUGAAUGAAUGUGUACAUAAGCAAGAAACAUGCAUGUUCGAAAUUUACAGCAGAAAUGUCAGCGCUGCUAUUUAGUUAGCAUACAUCUUUGUAAUAGUGGUAUGGGAUGUAGAAGGGUAUAAUCUGUACAUGUACAGCGAAGGUGUUUUUCAUAUCGGAAGUCAACCUGCUGGUCCUGCCACAAGUUUCCCUACGACAUUGUUCGAAAUGUAUGCGGAAUUGAGUUUCAGCCAUUUCUUCCUUAUCGUGACAAUCAAGGUUUCAGAAGAGAGCAUCCAAAAUGCUCGUGCCCAUCUCCAAGAAAUAGUACAAUAGAGUUAUUUUUUGAUGUCGCCAUGUACAUCCUGCUUUCUUUAUUUUUAAAUGUUACACGUGAAAAAUGUGUUGUCUGUUAGAUUAGCACAAAAUGAGUAGGAAUAAUGUCGCAAGUAUGAAAGCCGUAGGCAGUGCUCUAAUUAUCUGCCGUAUACAGUGGUGCUAGUAAUUUAUUUUGUUUAAGAUGUAGGAAUUUUUAUACAUUUUUGGUGAUGUGAAUAGUGUAUGUACAUUUUUGUAAUGAUUUACACUCUGAUUUAGAGCCUUUUAUGUACAGGGUGCCUCACGAUGUCCAAAAUUUUCUUAAAUUCGUGGUUCAUAUUUCCUCUGUGGUCCUCCAAAAGCUGCACUGCAUACGACUAUUUGUGGUAUCGCCCACUUCGACGUAAUAUUGUUUUAACUGCCAGUGCAGGCGUUUAUGAGCUGUCAUAAUUAAUUUGUUCAUUAAUAAACAUGAAUCGAUUGUUUAAAUUAGAAAGUUGUAUAUACAGCCUUGAAGUUGCUAUCCUGCAAAAAUAGAAACCGCAACGAACUCAUAUACAGAUUAAAAUAUUCAAAACCUCUCUGGGUCCUGCGAAACAACACUUCUGCUGUCAGCACGAAGUGCUAUCGGACUAAAACAUUAUAAUUUAACCAACCGACCCAUUUUUUAAUAAUUAUUUGAAUUAUUUUUAAGGCUGACGCAUGCUGUUAAAACAAUAUUACGUCGAAGUAGGCCAUGGUCCAAGCAGCACAACAUCUUGACCCAAUAUUGGACCGAUAUUGGCAAUACUGGCCCUAUAUUUGGCCGGCAUUGCUAAUAUUGGUCCAAUAUUGGGGCCAAGAUGUCGUGCUGCUUGAAGAUCCAAUUGCACCGGUGCAAAUGGGUAUAUGCAGUGCAGCUUUUGAAGGAAAAAAAUGAACCAUGAAUUUAGGAAAACAUUGGCACGCUCGUCAAGAAGCACCCUGUAUGUGUAGCAGUUCUUCCAUCAACGGAAUGGUACCGGUGACUCGUUUCAACUUUCUUUUCUACUGCCAUCUGAGUUUACAGAUUUUGCUUGCGUAGUUCCAGAAAACGUGUGCAGUAAUUAAUCGUAACAAUAAAAUACCAUUGAUCAGUUAA